AUGACAUUUAUCGGCAUUGAGGAAGUCGUGUUUGAACAGUUGAUUGGUGGGUUUUAUAAUUUUGACGCUCGAGGAACAGAUGAUGAUCUUCCUCCUUCCCAUCAACGGCAAUAUAGAUUUCAACAUCCAGAUCAUGCUGCUGUAACUAGAAAUGGAAGAUCAGCAAUCAUAGGCUCUGGUUCAUUUCCCAAAAUAAACAAUGACAUGGAAACACAAAUCCAUAACAUUGAGCAAGAAGCAUACACCUCUGUCCUGCGGGCUUUUAAAGCUCAAUCUGAUGCAAUCUCUUGGGUACUUUUGCCUCGGUUCACUGGUUUGUCUUUCUAUAAAGAAAAAGAAAGUUUAAUUACAGAGCUUAGAAAGGAGCUAAGAGUAUCAGAUGAAGAGCACAGAGAACUUCUAUCAAGAGUCAAUGCUGAUGACAUGAUUCACAGGAUAAGGGAGUGGAGAAAGGGAAACGGGCUCCAACCUGGAACUGUAUCUACUGCUGAACAAGUUCAUGAUCACAAUAUCAGCCCUACCGUUUCAGCAUCUCGUAAAAAACUAAAGACGUCUCAAUCUGUGGCCUCAUUAUCCUUGGGUGCACCAUCUCCCACAGUUCGUCCAUCUAUGCAACCAUCAUCAUCCACAUUGAAGCAUGGACCUCCACCAGGAACAAAGACCAAAAAGCAAAAAUCAUUCCCUUCUACAGGACUUACAAGCCGAAGCCAGGUCACUAAUCAGGGGGGGUCUUCUGGUGCUUUUGCAGCAAAAGGACCUACUGAAGGAGCUUCUUAUGAUCCGUGUAUUGGAAGGAAAGUUUGGACAAGGUGGCCGGACGACAACCACUUCUAUGAAGCUGUUAUAACUGAUUAUAACUCUGCUGAGGAACUGCAUGCUUUGGUCUAUGAUAUGAAUUCAGCAAAUGAAACAUGGGAGUGGGUCAAUCUGAAAGAGAUAUCUCCAAAGGAUAUACGUUGGGAGGGUAAGGAUCCUGACAUAUCUCGUAAAAGUGGCCAGUCUGCUCCACGUAGAGGAUUGAAGAAGUCUGUGUCUCGUGGUGGAGUUACUGGUGCCGGAAGAGGUAGGGGAAUGACGAAGUUUCAGCCAAAGAAAGAUUCUACUUCAUCACAAAAUGGGAGCAGGAAGAAGCCUGCCGAUGAUAUUAAGAUACUUCACACAGAUACCCUUAUCAAGGAGGUUGAAAAGGUUUUUACUGCCAAUCCUGCUGAUCCCAUUGAAAUGGAGAAAGCAAAGAAAAUGCUAAAAGAACAUGAACAGGCUCUUGUUAAUGCAAUUGCCAGGCUCGGAGAUGUGUCUGAGGGAGAAAGUGAUGCAGAACCUCCCUUGUUGCGAGGGCAGUCCAUGAAUCAGGAAAAACACUGGAAGAAACGACAGCAUAAUCUAGGCAGUGUUAGAGUACUCGAUCGUUCAGAUGGUGAUAAAAUACAAAGACAGACAUCAGAUGGCGAUAAAAUACAAAGACGGACCGGUGUUCCCUCUUAG